AUGGGCUUCUUCUCCGCGAAAUCAGACGAGGACCGCCGCGCCGAGGAAGUCCGCUCCGGCGCCGUCGCCCCGAAGCGCAACGAGCGCCGCAAGUGCUGGGACGCCCGCGACGCCUACUUCGGCUGCCUCGACCGCAACAACAUCGUCGACGCCCUCAAGGACGACCGCCAGGCCCGCAAGGCCUGCGGCGCCGAGAAUACGGAUUUCGAGAGGGACUGCGCCGCCGCAUGGGUGAAAUACUUCAAGCAGUGGCGCGUCGCGGACAUCCAGAAGAAGGAGCGCAUAGCCCAGCUCGAGGCCGAGAACGCCGUCAAGAUGGACGUGACCACAUCCUUCACCGACGCCUCCAGCGUACCAAAGGGCACGAGCAAGAUGGACCUGCAGGACAUGCUGGCGUCGAAACGAAAGUAA